ACUUUAGUUACUUAUCAGUUGGAAACUGACAGGUCCUAGUGUUGGUCUUCUUCUCAAGCCAGAUGUGUGGCCACCAUCUCCCCUUCAGCAAAGAAUCAUGCCAGCUGAACACACACCCUUUCAUGUGGACCUUAGCAUUUAAAAUUCAAGUCUCCCAGUGGCUGAAUCCCUGAGCCCUAGAUUUAAGGUGUUUCUUCUGGAAGACCCCAGAAGACAAUGGCCUCCACUCUGAUCCUGGGUCUCCUGCUCCUGAUUCCAACUGCAGCAGGCACAGAAUGGGGUGAUAAUCAAUGUCCAGCAUGUGGAGUGCCCGGUUCAGAUUUUGAGGGGCAACGGGAACUGCUGCUCAACCUGGCAAAGCAAAGUAUCCUGGAUAAAUUGCACUUAACUCAGCGCCCAACAUUGAUCCACCCUGUGUCCAGAGCCACCCUGAGGACUGCACUCCGGCGCCUUCACAAUCCCCAAGGAAGAAUUCUGUCUGGUACCAGUUUAGGGGGUUCUGAGAUUGGAGUUGAGGAACAGGAGUAUGAGAUCAUCAGUUUUGCUGAGACAGGCUACUCUAUUGCCAACAAGACGGUGUUGGAUUUCCGACUCUCUCCAGAUCAAAUCAGAACUAGCUUGGAAGUCCUCCAAAUCAGGUUAGGUUUCUUCUUGCAGAUUCCUCCCAAUGGCACAUGGAGUAUGUCUGUGAAGGUCCUGGUACCUGGACUACAGGACACCAACCUCAAUUUGACCAACCAGCAACAACUAGAGGUGGAUUCCAGUGGCUGGUACCAGUUCCUCCUGGGACCUGAAGCUCAGGCCGCUUAUAGUCAGGGACAUCUAACCCUAGAAUUGGAGCCCAAAGGCUGGGGCGCCCAGAGCCCAGUUGUCUUAGACAAGGAUGCCCAUCAGCCCUUUAUCAUAGCUCGGGUGAGAACUGGAGAAAAGCACCGAAUCCAUCGUCGAGGGAUUGAGUGCCAAGGUGGGUCUCAGAUGUGUUGUCGACAAGAGUUCUUUAUUGACUUCCGGGAGAUUGGCUGGCAUGAUUGGAUCAUUCAGCCUGAAGGUUAUGCCAUGAACUUCUGUACAGGGCAGUGCCCACUCCAUGUGGCAGGUAUGCCAGGAAUUGCUGCCUCUUUCCACACUGCUGUGCUCAACUUGCUCAAGGCUAAUGGGGCCCCGGGAACAGCAGGAGGAGGCUCCUGCUGUGUGCCUACUGCCCGCCGCCCUUUGUCCCUUCUCUACUAUGACCGUGACAGCAACAUUGUCAAGACUGACAUCCCAGACAUGGUGGUGGAGGCCUGUGGCUGCAGUUAAUGUGUAUAAAGGGGGAGGAGGACAAAGAGAAGAGGUCCUCACAUGUAUUCUCUUCUCAUCUCAGGCAGAUUGUUCACAAAUUCCUGACACAACCUAAGAUGGGGAGUCAUCUUUCCCAACACAAUUCUAGAAAUCCUUUGACUUUCACCCUGGGUAUUUUUAUCAAGGCAGUUCGUGGAACAGUGAGUGCAUAAAGCACUGAGCCUGGAAUCAGGAAAACCGAGUUCAAAUCUGGCUUCAGAAAUUUGCUAUUUGUAUGACUAAGCAAAUUGCUUCAUCUCUGUGGUUUCCCCAAUUAUAAUAUGGGAAUAAUAAUAGUAUCUACCUUGAAGGAUUGUUGUGAGGAUCAAAUGAUGUAAUAUUUGUAAAAAGUGUUUAGCAUAAUACCAGGAACAUAGGGGCUUUAAAAAUGCUUAUUCUGUUCCCUUUCUUGUUCUCCCACAUUCUUAGCCCUUGAGAGUCAACCCAUCAUCUUCUUCAGAAGACAGCUUAGGGCAAAGACUGACUCUUCUCUCUCUCUCUCUCUCCUGAGGCAACUGGGAUUAAGAGACUUGCCCAGGGUCACCUAGCAAGGAAGUAUUAUCUGAGGCCGGAUUUGAACUCAGGUCCUCCUGACUUCAGGGCGGGUGCUCUAUCUACUGCCAUCUCAUUGCCCCUAAUCUGUCUUCAACUCACAGAUAUUAUCUAUUCCCAGAAUUUUCAUUUAAAGGACCUGCUUUCCUCAUAUACCCAGCCAAAAA